AUGUUCAUGCGCCGACCGUUGAGGCGUUUCGCUGUUAUCUGUGGUGUUUUCUUCGUCAUUACUCUCCUCACAUACUUUUAUGCAACACGUGGUACCAUGGACAUGAAAAUCCUGCAGGAGAGGGUUCAUCAAUUUAACAAGGACUUUGCUGAAAAGCUAAGAGUGCCUGUGGAAGUCGACGUGCCACACAAUAUAGUAGAACAAAAGGAGUUGAAGUGUGAUCCCCAAGUCCACGCUUCACGUGCCGAUAUAGAGACUGGUCCCCUUUAUGAUAAUAUCCCCUUCAAAAACGAAGCUGGUGGCGUCUGGAAACAGGGUUUUAAUAUCUCCUAUUCUCCAUCGGAUUGGAAUAAUAAGAAGCUUGAGGUUCUCGUUCUCCCCCAUUCUCAUCAGGACCCUGGGUGGUUAAUGACACUGAACGAGUACUUCGAGAAAAGUACGCACAGGGGUCUGGAUGCCACUGUUGAUUUUCUGGGCAAAAAUUCAUUUGCUCGUUUUAUCUACGCCGAAGUCGCUUAUUUAGACAGGUGGUGGAAGGAUCUUUCUCCCUCAGUGCGAACUCUCUUCACCAAGCUUGUCCGCGAUGGGCAAUGGGAAAUUGCCACUGGUGGUUGGGUCGUGCAUGACGAGGCCCUGACUCACUAUGGUGCAGCCAUAUCCCAACUUAUCGAAGGUCAACAUUGGAUGCUUGACAACCUUGGUGUUGUGCCAAACGUGAGCUGGGCGAUAGACGUGUUCGGACACAGUACGACGGCAACCUAUAUCCUACGCAAAGCGGGCAUAAAAAAUGCUCUCAUUCAUCGUGUUCAUUAUGAGGUCAAAAAGGCCCUAGCGAAAAAGCAGAACCUCGAGUUUAUUUGGCGCCAAUCCUGGGAUUCGUCUGGGGAAACAGAAGUCUUUGUGCACCUUACGCCCUUCUUCUCCUACGAUAUUCCACACACCUGUGGACCUGAUCCUAGUAUCUGCUGUCAGUUUGAUUUUAUACGGAACGUUUUGGGGUGUCCGUGGGGUGUUCUGCCAACAAUGAUCACUCCGUCGAAUGUGCAGGCUAGGGCCGAAGUACUAGUGGAUCAGUAUCGUAAGAAGGCAAAACUAUUCAGUAACGGUGAUGUUCUGUUGGUGCCUUUGGGAGACGAUUUUCGCUACUUGACUUUGGCAGAAUGGGACUUCCAAGUCUCGAACUAUCAAAUGCUCAUGGAUCAUAUCAACAGCAAGGCGUCAUACAACAUGCAUAUCCGUUUUGGAACACUUUCGGAGUACUUUGAUCUGGUGCAUUCACGGAGCAAAUUGAAGGAAUUCUCCACCUUCAUUGGUGAUUUCUACACCUACGCGGAUCUAGAUGAUGACUUUUGGAGCGGAUACUAUACCAGUCAUGCCUCAUUCAAGUCCAUGGCACGUUUUGUGGAGGCCGAAGUGAGGAAUGCGGACAUUCUCUUCUCCAUCGCAAGUCAUUGGUCAGCUGCAGCGCACAAAUUCACAUUACUUGCCGGUCUGUAUGAUAAGCUCACCGUGGCUAGACGAAAUCUUGCCCUCUUCCAACAUCACGAUGCCCUUCCAGGCACCGCAAAAUCCCACGUCAUGGCGGACUACCACGUCAAAUUAGACGAAGCUAUCCGCUGUGCACAGAACGUUUCUGCAGUCAGUGUUGCUUUCCUCCUCGGCUACGAGUCUCCCGAAGUAUGCUCCGCUCUUGGACUCGAGGCCUCCACCGGCACUUCAUCAGUUCUCAUUUCCGCCAAUCCGAUUUGGGGUACCAAUUCCACACCAGAGCUCUUUACUCUCACUCUGGAGCGUCUGGAGGAUACUAAAACUCUUUACCUUUUCAAUUCCCUCCCCCGUGCCCGUGAUCACGUCCUCCGUCUCCGAGUCAAUAUAACACGUCUUCUGUGGGAUGUCAAGCUUCAGGUCAAGCAGCCACAAACCAUUUCAAUAAGCGUUCAACUUGAGAAUGGAAUUACUCCGCUUUCCGUUCAGCUAGAACCCUGGGACAUCUUCCGAAAGCCUGGUGCUUUGGGCCCUCUGUUCCAUCUAUCCGCGGGUCCUAUCCAUUUGGAACCGUUGGAAGUAGUGCGAGUAACGUUGAAGCCCGUGUCUAAGGCCUCACAGAGCCCUGCUGUCAUUGUUGUCAAACCAACGCUGUAUCGGUUCGUCGAGCUCCCCUCUUCUGUUGCAAUGUUCUACGCGCAAGAGGCGGCGGAUUCGCUUGUUCCCAAACUUAAAUCCAAUCUAAUGGAGUUGACCUUCGAUAGGGAGACCGGCUUCUCACAGGCGGUGUUGAACAAGGGAACGGGAGAAUCGCACAAGCUGGCAAUUAGCAUUGAGAUGAUGAAGGCUACCUCCGAACCUACCCGUGCGGGAGCCUAUAUAGGCGCGUCGUUUGCUACCAAGGAGCCUCUGGCUAGGGAGCCCCUCAGCAUGCGCGUUCUCCGUGGCUCCUUGACCGAGGAGGUUACGACCUAUUAUCCUCAGGUGAAACAUACCCUUCGUAUCCAUAAAUUAAACGCUCCUGGUAAUCUUGCCGUGGAAGUGGAGAAUAUUGCUAAUCUAACCGACGUACAGGCAAGCGUUGAACUGGUAAUGGUCAUUCAAACGGGAAUUCAAAACACGAAAGGCAUCUUCUUCACCGACUCGAACUGCUAUCAGAUGAUCCAACGGAAGUACUACGCAAAAAUUCGCCAAUGGGGCAACAUCUAUCCCAUGACCUGCGCAGCCUACAUUGAGGACGGCCAACAUCGUGUCACUCUCCUAUCAGGUCAGUCAGUUGGCGUAUUGGCUGGUGAAAACCCGGGCGAAAUCAAAGUCUGGCUAGAUCGAAAAGUUCUGUCCGAUGAUCAUCGCGGACUGAACGAGCCCUUAAUUAAUGUCAAACCAAGUCGUUCAGUCUUCAGUAUUCUCGUGGAACGCAUGUCGCAGCCCGUUGAAGCUCUUCGGGGCGGUGUUGCAUUUGUGCCUAGUCUCACCGCAGAAGCACACUAUGUCCAGAGUGAUCUGACCUUCCCUGCGGCCCAAUUUUUAACCAACUUUGACCCAUCUCGAUUGGUCGUCAACCGACAGUUGAUGGAGUCGACGGGACUUCCCUGUGACUGUGAUCUGGUCACACUGAAGACGUUCUUCAGUAAAUCGGAGCGAUAUAAUGGACUUAGCAGCGUGCCGGGCAGCCAACUGGGUGUGAUCCUUCAUCGUACCGUACAUGCGUGUGGCGCAACCUACCUUUGCGAUUCGGCCUGCGAUUGCUCCCCUCAGGAUGAAUCUUCGAUUCGAUGGUCUCUCGCCUUUCCCCAGCUGAUCCCCAAAAUGGCUGUGAGGACACCAGUGACGCUGAUUCCCGACAAGUCGACUUCCGCGUCACCCGAUCUGAAUAUCGUUAUCCCGAGGAUGGAGAUGGAGGGCUUCCUUCUGGUGCCUUCCAAAACCUAG